UUUGACGUCUCAGUUUAAAACAAAGCAUUGUGAAAGUACUAGGGAAACAAAUUAGGGGAACAAAGGUUCUUUUAAAGACGGUAAGUUAAGCUAAAUGUAUCUAAUAUGACAAGCUAGGACAAUCGCCAAAAUAUCACCAGUUAGAGCAGUACACGGAUAUGGGAUAUUGUAGAUUGCUUAUGUUGUCGUCAGAUUACUUAAAGGUUUUUUUUAAGAUAAGCUCUCAAUAGUUUCACUAAUUGUUAUAUAUGUACUUGAACGAAAGCGAAAAAAGCAAAAUCGGGUGAUUCAUUGAGAGUGUGACUAGUAGUGAUCGAAGACAAAACUCAUCAAUGACAGUAAGAUACAGUACGCAUUAAGUGAUUAAUCAUGUCGAAACCAUGAUUAAUGUAAUUCCCCGUCUUCGAUUCGUUUUAUGUUUGUUUAUGCAGGUAAGCUCGCUGUUUAAAGAUGUUGAUCUUAUAAGAUUUUCACUGAAAACAUUUUAUUUUUGUUUUGAACAUCAAUUACUAAGAGCAAGUUAUGAACUCCUUAUACUGUAAGGUAUCCCCCUCCGUCUCUGUGUUUGUUCCCGGAGAGGUAUAAGUUAAAUCAGUUUCGGUUUAAAAAAACUUAGCACAUACCAUUUGGUUAGUUCUCGGAUAAAUAUUUUCGACGACGCAAUUGUUUUCUUUUACGAGUAUUCUUCACUUAAAAAAGUACUUUUUGGGCAUAUGUUGACGCACGUCGAAGCAGCUGGUGGCAAAUUUCAUUACAGUGUGUUUGCAGAAAAUAGGGUAUCAUAUUUGGGUUCAGGUCGCAUUGUUUUUCCGGGAUAAGACAACCCCCCCCCCCAUCCGUGUGCGCUGUCAAUAUGAUAGUAUUUUUUAACGCAAAUAUUUGCUAAACGUUAAAAACAAUCCUAAUUAUAGGACGUGAGCGUUUGCUGCAACGGAUAUUUUUAUUUUGUAUCUUUGCUUUGACAGUGAUUUUUUGCACACAACAUUUUCUAAUCGAAUCGAACUGGAAGUAGUUGUUAAUUAAGACUGUGUUAACAGAAUAGAAGAUAUAACCAUGAAUUAUUAUUGUAAUUUUUACAGAACUUAAAAGCAUGGACUUUUCACCUCUUCUAUUUGUUCAAGCACUCUUAAUUAUGGGGGUAUUUAUAGACAUUGUCGAUGCAGGUGAGAAAAAUAUGAUACAAGUAAAGAGCCCAUAAUAUAUCUGGAUUAGUAUGCAUUUGACGUUAACAAUCACUUAACUAUUGAACCAAAGUCCCGGGGGUACUCAACAAAGUUUUACGGAGUGGCUUCACACUGAGGUCCGACCCCUUACCGGCUUUUAUAUACUAUUUUUGGACGAAAAGGUACUCCUUUCGUAAACCUUUUGUUGACAAAUGGUACCCCUUUCACAUACCCUCCCUAGUUUAGAAUUUUGCAUCCCUUUUAACUGGUAUAAAUGAACUGUAAAUGACAAAACAACUGUAAAUGAACAGUAAAUGACAAAACCAGAACGUUUUUCGACUUUUCUUCAGCCGCCAUAAAAUGCAUCUGUUAGCCAUUUUGGGUCAUUUUUACUCACGGAUUUCCCUACCCUGUAAUUUUCUUUAACUGAUGACAUCCCACCCUUUCUUAUACCUGAAGCCUUAAAAGAAACCCGUUUGGGCGGAAGCUUCCCGUAAAGGCCAUUAUAGGAAGUACAAUACCAGCAAAAUUACUGGUGGACUGUUCACAGUUCCCUAUUUUCCCGUAAGAUCGUCGAGAUCGAGCGCUUUAUGUAAUGGUCGGCCAUCUUGGUUUGAAAUGUUCGAAGUCUAGCCUAAAUGAACGUUAAAUCUACUUAGAGAAUGGGGAACGUACAACACCCGUCCUUUCGAUGCUUUCAAAACCAAGGUGGCUGUUCGUAAGGCAAAGCACUGGAUCUCGACGCUCUUACGGAAAAAAGAGGGACUGUGAACAGUCUAAGUGACUCGUUGUUUGAACCUGCUUAACUGACUUAUAAAGUGUCUCUUUUCAGUUCCGGCGCCCCAGAAUUGUACGUCUGCUCCAUGUCAGCAUGGUGCAAGAUGUUUGGAUAACAAGAACACUACUGGAUUCACAUGCGUCUGUUCAUCCGGGUACUCUGGUCAACGCUGUGAAAUUGCCAUUAACCAAUGCGCAUCCAAUCCCUGCAAGAAUGGGGCUACGUGCAUUGAUGGCGUCAACAAUGUGACAUGCACUUGUGCAAAAGGCUUUAAAGGUAUAGUGCUGACUAAUGAGGCCCGUCCACAGGGAUCAUUUUGAAAAUGGACAUUCUUUUCUCUGUUUUAUCCUUCCGUCGACACGUAAAAAAAUGCACCUUAUUUUUUGCACGAAAGUACUAUUUGGGUUCACUAUUUUUCGUCUCCAACUGGAGACGGGACCGCCAUUUUACGUGGUCAUCCGAGCCACGAGAAGGUUUGCCCGCUUGCAGUGCAAAGGAACUACCUUCAUUUCUCAGCUAUUUUAAGACCCUGAGUAUUGGUCGGGCCCCGGGAAUCGAUCUCGCGACCUCCCGCUCUACAAUCAAGCGCUAUUCUGACUGAGCUAAUCCGCCGAGGUAAAUCUUUGGCGUUUUAUGGCACCAACCCCCUAAAUCGCAGGUUAUGAAAACAACUCCCAGGGUGGAGAUUUUUGAAAACGCCGGCCUCUCGUUUACUUGUGGACGGAAGAAAACAAGGGUUUUUAAUACGAUGAUGUCAUACAUCAUAUCCUUCGCGAGAAUAUAUUACUAGCAUUACGCACACUCCGCAAAGGAUGCUAUCAUAUUUCCAUCGUUUUAUCGUUUUGAUGUGGACGAGCGAAAACGAUUUAAAUACGCUACAUGUGGAUGCGUAUUUACCUUUGCGAAAUUAUUUGAGGCAAUGUACGUUUGUCCAUAUCAGACAGAUGUGUUUCUUAGAAAGAGUCAGACAAUAUGACUAAACAAUGGCCAACAAUGGCAGGGACCAACUCAACUUCCUAUCUUACAGGGGUUUCCGUAAGGAGUUGACUUUAGUAUUAAUGAAAGUAACAGCAAGGAACUGAAAGAAAAAAAACUAAACUAAAAACUAAGAAACUAAACCUUGUUUAAUUGUGAAAGAUUAAGUAGGUUGAGUACGAUCGUCCGGGUGAACUUAGGCCUGAACAGGACUGUUGUUGUUGACAAUGACUGACACUUUGACAACCUGUGUGGUAGUCAUCUUCAGAGUCAAAGUGAGUUGUAUCACGUCAGUUGAUGGCAUUAAACGCUGGUCAGGUGAUAGUAUUAAACGCUGGUUUGUUGUUUUAGUGACCAGAACUCAUAUCAUCUUGGCGUUACCCCCGAAACGGAUACCUUUUCGGCUUCAGGUACAUGAAAGGGUAGGGGUUUCAAUAAUUGAAGUAUGUGAAAGCGUAGGAAAAUCUGUCAUUUCGCUCUGUACAAGAGGGAUUUUAUGAUUGUCAAAAAGUGGAGAAAAUUUUCUAGUUUUGUGAUUUAUUCAUAUUUAAAAGAAAGUGUAUUUACAACAGUUAAAUGGGAUGCUAGGUGAAAGGGGUACCAUUUGUUAAUGAAAGGUAUACGAAAGGGGUACCUUUUCUGUCGAGAAUGUUAUAUAAAAGGGUAUAGGGGCUAGGCCCCAGAGCGGAGCCUCCCCAUUUAGAACAUUGUUGAGUACUUCCUGGGGUCUUUCUGUUGAUAAUAGGAGCAUUUUGUGAAAGAACGCGAAGAAGAAGCUGUGGUGAUCCCCCUAGUAUAGCUAAUGGAUACGUCAAGAGGAGUAAGACACAUGCGCUGUACAGUUGUAAUAAAGGUUACAGAGCUAUUGGUUUUCUGUUCAUAAAAUGCAGCCGGGGCAGGUGGAUUGGAAGGACUCCCUCGUGUCUGUUGCCCGGUAAGUAUGAAUAUGUAAGAAUACCACGCGCGUUAAUCUUAUGUAAGGUCCGGUAGAAUUAGCCAGUGUCCGCUGAGAAAGUUGAUUGCCUCUCAGAAGGGAAAGGUUUGAGGGCUACGUACGCGCAUUUCAUUGGUCAUCUGCAUAUGCGAAUUCGGUGAGAUAAGUGACAAAUUAUUAUGAUGAUGAUGUGCAUGUCUCACAGCUAUAGGUGGCCUUAUUCCCCAAAGCAUUAAGCUCUCUCCUAUAGCCUUUGGUGUCUAGGGGUCUUGGGAUCCUAGCUGUUCCCAACAAACAAGCUUUCUGGAGCAAUGCAAUAAUCCCAGGUGUUCCCAACUUGCUGAUCUACAUCUUUAGGUGUUUACUCACAGUUGCAAGUGCUCCAAUUACAACAGGGAUGACAAAUGCUCUUCUGCAAUUCCAAAGCUUCUGAACUUCCACUUUUAAGUCCUGAUAGUGGUCGAUCUUGUCCCCUUCUUUUUCUGCUACCCGUGAAUCAAAAGUGUAAGCUACAUUGGCUCCAUCUUCCCUCCUUUUCCAGCACUACAAUAUCAGGUCUAUUGUGGUGUAAAUGGUGAUCUGUCUGAAUUCUGAAAUCCCACAGUAACUUCACAGGGUCAUUUUCUAACACUGCCUCCGAUUUGAGCUACUUUUUUGCUCUCUGCAUUUAUGGUGGACGGAUUCUAUUAUUAUUACUAUUAUUAUUAUUAUUAUUAUUAUGAUUAUUAUUAGGUUGUACUUCUUAUUUAUUUCAAGUCUAACAAUAUUGUUCUCUUUGUAGUUCAUAUCCUUGUAUUCAAGCCUGCUAAAGUGAUUUUACUUAACCCGUGAAAUAGCUAGUAGAAUCCUACGCACUAUUAUGCACUAAUUUCAUAGUGUUCUUUUGUUUACUAGUAGCUAUUUUGCAGUAGUUGCUAGUGUUUGUUUCACGGGCCAAGUAAAAUCACUAUAUGAUUCGAAUAAAUAGUCAUUUAUCCAUCUUCCUUAUUUGGUCCGCGACACGCCAUAAUGAUCAAUAAUCUUUUUUCUUUUUAACAGCAAACCCAGGGCCAUCGUGCGGAAGACCACGCCGCAUACGACACGGGAGAUUUACGCCGGACAGAGAUCGCUUUGAUGUCGGUACAACUGUCAGGUACAUCUGUAAAGACAAAUACAGACUCAGAGGAGUUGACCAGCUCACCUGUGGUACAAAUGGAAAAUGGAAACCGCGAAGACUACCCAGUUGUACAGAAAGUAAGUGCUUGUCUGAAGUAAAAAUAAAUAAUUAUAAUUGUAAUCAGUGACAAUGACAAUGAUGAUGACAAUGACGAGGAUGAUGACGAUGAUGACGAUGACGAUGAUGAUGAUGAUGAUGAUGAUGGUGGUGGUGGUGGUGAUGAUGAUGAUGAUGAUGAUGAUAGUGGUGGUGGUGGUGGUGGUGGUGGUGGUGGUGAUGAUGAUGAUGAUGAUAUUAACGAUCGUUUUCGAUAGCCUAUGGUGAUAGCGGAAAAGUUCAAGGUUCGCUUGAAGGAAAUAGACGACCAGGGGCCCGUUUCUCGAAAGUCCCGGUAAUUAUAAUUUUCGGGCCCGACAUCAAAUAUUUAAAUUAAAAUCUAAGGAAUAACAGCGCAGGUCGGCGCCUAAAAAGCAAGUCCAUUCUGUUUUGUUCUUUUACUUAACUGAUAGUUUUAUCUUAUUAUCUGAAAAACUACUGAAACCGCAAUCUUGAAUGUAAACAACAACAGCUCUCCUGGCCCGUUAAUCAAUUAUCAGGACUUUCGAAAAAAAGGGACCCGUAAACCGUUACAAAAGACGGCACCAUCCUUGAAAUAUAAGGUGCAUAGUUUUCUAUUAUUUUAUUAUUGAGGUCAAUCGUAAAAUAAUAGAAACUGGAAGUCCUCAAAAUUUGCUUAGCGGUAGGCAAGGAAAUGCGGUAGGUAAGGCAAUGAAAGCGUAAAGAGAUCGAGGGUCUUCCCGAAUAUUGACGUCAAAUGAGUCGGCGUUCACCUGAGAAAAGGGAAUCGCUAGACUAAUAAAAGAAAAAAUAUCAAACCAGAAAUUGCUCUCUUCAAACUGUAAAUUAUAAAUGAUCCUGAGAGAAUAUUCAGUGUGUUAAGGAUUUCCCUGCUGUACUGUUAGCUCUAUACAAGAGAGGAAGGGCGAUUCUUUUUUAAUUUCCGUUUCGCUGACACAGCUUUAGCAGAAAUCUCUCUGUAGUCGUUUUUGUCGACAAAACGAAUAGCAAUAUCGCUCUCCGCGUCUUCCAUUUUGUUCUGCGUCAAUUCGUGAAGGACGCUUGGCUCUGAGCGUGGGUCAUCCACGCGGAACGCAUUGGCGCUAUGUGAUUGGCUGUUGUCUAAUCCCCCUUGGGAUCUGUGGUCUUAAAAAUAACUCGAGACGAAUUACUUAUGGCAUAAGGUGUGUAUGGGGGAUGCCUUCUCUGUCCCCUUUAUCCUCUCUUGGUGUUUGUGUAAAGUCCUGAACAAUAGCUGAGGAAUUGACAACCAGUAUGGAAGUCAAUCGUCAGCGGUGCUGGAAGUCGCACGUCGCGCUACAUGUACUGUUCAUAACUGACCGAUUCAGCACUACACUUUCCCCCACGAUCAUAUACAUUCAGCAGACGCAAGUUACCUUUCUGUUUUUCUUAUCUAGAGAUAAAGUGUCCAGACCCAGGUAUACCUGACAAUGGUCAACGUAGCGGAAGCUUAUUGUACGAAGGAACUCAGGUCCGCUUCUCUUGUGAUGAUGGCUUCGAACUUGACGGUUUAAGGUCGCUGGAAUGCGUUCGCCUGUGUUAUUCCUGCAGUUCUGUGCGAUGGAAUGGUACUACACCAACCUGCAGGAGAAUAGGUAAGUACUUUUGUCCUACAAGUGACGUGUUUCCUUUGUGUCAUUGAAGCUUUUUAUAUAUUAAGGUAUUGACAUCAGCUUCCUCUAUUAGAUGAAGUGAUUUGGUUAAUUCGGGUUGAGUGGGUCUCUCUAGGCCUGUUUUUAAAGCCUUUGCGGUUACGCAUUCAAGUUACAUGUCUGAGGUGAUGAGGCGAACCACUUUGCUCAGGCCACGCGAUCCAAAACGAAUUGUUCGCGAGGAUAAAUGAGGCCCGGGGUCUAGCCAAGAGAACCGCAUUUACAUUGUAAUAAUUCAAAUUAAAGUGUCUGAGGACGCGUCUUCUGCAUGAUGCUGUUAACUAAAGUAUUUGAUCCUAAAAUCAUGGUUGAGAUUGUUCGUGACCACAACCUGCCAGCAGAGUCUCCUUAUGUCUUCCUGAGUUAGGAGGAGAAAAAGGGGCUCUGCCUGAAUCACCUCAAGCUGCCUUUACCGUCGUCGAAGCCCGAAGUCCUGGACUAUUUAAUCCUGGACUAUUUUUAAAUUGAGAAUCAAAUCUCUGUUCUAAAUAAUAAUAAUAAUAAUAAUAAUAAUAAUAAUAAUAAUAAUAAUAAUAAUAAUAGUAAUAAUAUAAUCUUUAUUCAAGUGACAAAAGUCAUAAAAAAUUAUUAAUGAGUUAAAUUAAAAAUUGCAAUUAAAGUAGAAUCAUAUUCUGACUAAGUUAUAACUAUAGCAUAGCCUAUUUACAAAGCAAUUCUUAAAGGGCUCAGUGUUGACUAUAGGAGGCUGAAAUGUCUUUCUUCGAAGCCUUUCAGAAGAGUCCUUUACAGUCCGUAAGGUAGAGUAUAGUGGAUGGUGUUCGUCCUUGCUAAUUUUAUCAUUGGGCUUUCUGUCAAAUUGCAAUUGUUCCAAAAGAUCACAUAUACUUAGUUUGUCCGAGACGUAGCGUCUUUUGUGUCAUCUCUUUAGAAAGCAAUCCAUAACAACAAGGUCAGCCUUGCUAUCACCACAAAUGUCGGACAGAAUAAGUUUUGAUAUUUCUACAGAAGCUUUUAAAAUAAUCCUUUAAUCAAACUACAACUUAUCAAAGACGAAUGAUUUGUUGUAGAUCCCUUGAGAGGGCUUCAGAGGGUCGCUGAAAGCCUUCGUCGACAUUUUAUCGACAAACUAAGCUGGAGUACUAGCGACAGCUUUGCACGGUCUGGCUUAUCCUCGGGCGCAGAAGGCCUGGACCUGGUGUUUGUUUUCGAUAGCUCGGCAAGUGUGGGCAAAGCGAACUUCAAGAAGGGAAUAGCUUUCGCCAAAACAAUCAUUGAUGAGUUCGGUAUCUCGAGUUCUCCCUCGGGCACAAGAGUUGCGGUUGUUAUAUUCAGUUCGACCGCAAGAGUGGUAUUUAAUCUACAAACAAACGCUAUGCCCAACAAAGAUAGAGCUAUUGAAGUUCUUGGUAAGUGUUUUGUUUUUAAUACAUACUCCCUUGCAUCAUCAUAAAAGUUUAUUUAAAACAAAAUCUCAACCAUUGUUUUUACUUUCGUCUUAUUUUUAAUGGUUGAAAUGAGGUGUGUGAGCUGUCAAGGACAAUGCUUUCCUAUCGAAUUGAUUGAAUUUUCUAUUUCUGUCACUCAAAUUGCUUAUUUACAAACGCGUCGUCUUGCAUUAAAUCAUCAUCAUCAUCAUCACCAUCAUCAUCACCACCACCACCAUCAUGAUCAUGAUCAUCAUCAUCAUCAUCAUCAUCAUCUUUAUCAUCAUAUCAUUUCCUCACCUUUUUAUCAAAAUUAUCAUUAUCAAAAUCAUUUUCUUGUGUUCUUCGUUUUCUUCUUGCCAACUUUUUUUCAUUAACACCUCACCCACUAUGGACUCCAUUAAGACAACUCUUGCCCCCCCCUUAUGCAGAAGUUUCGUUCCACCAUCUUUGGAAAAUUCAUCAGUUGGUUUGCUGAAGAUGUAUUAAAUGAAAUAAACUGAUAUUUUUUUAGAAAACCUGGAUUUUAUAGCAGGAGGCACUGCAACAAGUAUUGCGUUAAACAAGACCAUCGAAGAAAUUGUACCUGAAACUCGCAAUAACAGCAAGAAGGCAUUGUUCCUUAUCACAGAUGGCAGAUCAAACAUUGGUGGGGACCCUGUGGCAGAUGCAAUGAUAUUACGUGACAGCGAGGACUUUGAAAUCUACGCUAUUGGCGUUACAAAUAGCGUGGAUGAGCAGGAGCUGCGAGGGAUUGCGUCGGAGCCGUUUAGAACCCAUGUCCAUCUUCUUGAGAAUUUUGAAGACUUGACCAAACUGAAGGAACUUAUCACGUCUAAAGGAAGUGGUAAGAUUAAAUAAAGUAUUUAAAAGACUAACACUUAUGCUUACCUUGAGAUGCGAUAGAACUGAGAUGUUUUAUUACUUUUAAUACGGGCAGUCAAUGUGAAAAUGAUUUAGAAAACAAUCGUGAAUCAUGAAUUGAUUAAUAUUUUUUUGCCCUAAUAAAUUGAUCAAAACGAUUUUCAAAGUUUGAGUUUUGAAAACCGGUGGUAAGAAAAAUUUUUUUAUACCCAAAUAGAGCAAUAGUCAAUAUUAAUUUCCAUAUGAUUUCCAUAUCCGAGUCCGAUCACCGAACGCAGUGCAUUUUAAGUGAAAGCCUUUCCCACGUUUUUAUGUGGCUUGUUAUUCCUUUUUGCUUUGUUAAGAUUACAGCGCAUGCGGAGUUGCGGGAGAUACACAGCUAAGAAAUGACAAACGCGGUGGUUCUCGCAUCGUGGGCAAAAGCAAGGCUAAACCUGGCGCCUGGCCGUGGACUGUAGCCGUUUACGUGAAAAGCAAAUUUCGAUGUGGUGGUGUGCUGAUAAAAAGAAACUGGGCCCUAACUCUGGCAAGGUGUUUUCUCAACCAUGCUAACAUCGCACCAAAAGAUGUUGUCAUCAAAGUAGGUAAGAGAUAAUAAGCAUUUCUAAUAUAUAGAAGGCACUUUUUAUGGGUCAUUUCCUAUUGAGUCUGUUCUCUAGAUAAGACCUCAGAGCUCUCUAAUGUAUAAACAAUGAAUUUUCUUUUCUUGAAAACUUUAAAACUUUUUAAAGGUAGUUUGUAUCCAAUUUUUGCUCGGAAUGUUUCGCAAAAGCCAACAUUAACACCAAAGGAGCUGGUGUCAGCCACGGGGACGAGGCGGGCCGUGGCGGGAGCGUGAGACACGGGCGACGGGCAGGCGGCCCCUUUCUUCGCCUCGGCCUAUUUCUUUUUUUCACACCCUCUCUUUUCGCGAGUCUUGCUCUCCAUGUCCACCUGAAAACCCCCAAAACUAAGGCCAGUUUUUUUAGGCUAUAAAAGUUCCAAACACUUCUUCAGUCAGCGUGCGUCAUCAUGGCGGCCGAACCGAACUGGGCGAGCUCACUACAAAUUCUAAUAUUCCUGUUUAUAACAGCAGUUUUAAUUCGUGAAAGGAUAGGUGACGACUUUCCAGAGUCCUACCAGGCCACAAGCGUCUCAAAGAUGCUUGUAGCACCGGAAUUCGUCUCAAAUUCGACAAACCGUGGAAGAUUUAAAUCUCGUGCCAAACGAUUUACUUCACGGAGGGUUCUAUACACGGCCAAAGGAAAAAGCAGCUUCAAUCUGGAAAGGGACUUGCUUUCGUGCGGGGAGGUGGCCACAAAUCCUGGCCCGAAAGGGAAGAAGUCGAUGUCAAAAUACCCAUGCAGUGAAUGUCACAAGGCCGUUAGAAAUAACCAAGACGCCAUCUUGUGUGCUACAUGUGAGAACUGGUCACACGCUAAAUGCCUCAAUAUGUCUCGGCACAUUUUCCAGCACUACUUAGACCAGCCUGAUACUGAUUGGACUUGUCCUGCCUGCGCUCUUCCGCCACUGAAGGACUCCUUCUUCGAAGAAGUUUAUGAAGGUAAUACGCAAAUCAUUGCCGAGGAUUAUCAAGGGGGAGCAACUCAAUUUACGGCAGAAUGUUCAACAGAAGGUGGAUUGGAAGAGCAUAACUCCGACGACGUCCAUCUAGAAUCUCUACGGAACCAUCUCAAGAACGAUGUUUUGGUCUGUCAUAUCAACAUAAACAGUAUUCAAAAUAAACUCGAGGAACUGGAAAACAUUAUCAAAAAGAUCAAUGCACACAUAAUAUUUGUUAGCGAAACCAAAAUCGACAAGAGUUAUCCAGAUCGUCAAUUUUCUAUUCCUGGUUUUCGGAUGUAUAGGAAUGAUAGGAAAAAGGGCGGUGGAGGAGUAAUGGUGUACAUAUCUUCCAAAUUGACUUGCGAGAGACUCGCGUUAGAAAAGAGUUAUAAAACAAUAGAGUCUAUUGCCAUCGACCUCAGGAUUGACAACAGGAAUAUGGUAAUUCUUGGAAUCUACAGACCACCGACAGUUCUUUCAGGAGACUAUCAAACACAGCUGGAAAACGAGCUUAGUGACAUUUUUAACUGGGUUAAUCUCAAAAGUAAUUUUGUGACACUUUUGGGUGACUUAAAUGUGGAUAGACUGAAACCUAACGCAAGCGAAGGUAAAUUAUCAUUAAAUCUUGAAGUGGAACAAGGAUUUGAAUGUCUUAUUACGCAACCUACACGUAUCGCCACCAGUGGGAAUAAGACGACCAGUACUCUAAUUGAUGUAUUGUUGAGCAAUAGACCCGAUCUAUUCAAGCAUAGCGGAAUUUAUCACCCGUCGUUAAGUGAUCAUUGCCUAAUUUAUGGAAUCUUGAAAGACAAAGUGUUAUCUCAUCGGCCGAAAGUCAUAACAUUCCGAAGCUAUAAGGACUUUGAUGAAUGUCUCUUUAAAGAAAGUUUAUCAAUGGCUCCCUGGCACGUAGGUGAAAUCUUCGACGAAAUUGAUGAUCAAGCUUAUUAUUGGAGUACUUUGUUGUGAAAUGUGGUUGAUGAUCAGCUUCCCUUGAAAAAGAUGAGAGUCCGCGACAAAGACGUACCGUAUAUGACCACAGGUUGGAAGCAAGCAAUACGUGCCAAGAGAAGAGCUACAGUGAAAUAUAAAAACCAUCCUACCCAAGAAAACUGGGAAAACAAAAAGAAAUGCAGAAAUGAGGCCACUAGGUUUGGCCAUCAAAGAACAUUGGAGAAAGAAAGCGGAUGAUCUAAAGGUAAACCCAAGGGACUUUUUUAAAACAUUUAGGCCAUUCUUAUCAACAAAGGGUCACAAGGGUGAUAUCGAGAUUUAUCUUAGAACUGACGGGGAUGUCGUAGAAAAAGAUCAAAGCAGGGUCGCAGAUCUGUUCGCUGAUUACUUUGCCACAAUUGCUGACGGUAUUGGGGGUGAUAAAAGCAAAUUAGAUUCACCGGAGGACUUUCAAGAUCAUCCAAGUGUAGUAGCGAUAGCCAAUAACAUGCAAUAACAUCAGAAACAAACAACAGUAUGACAUUGAGCCUAUCAGCAAUGCCCAUGUAGAACGUACAUUGGAAAAGCUUAACGAAAGAAUGGCAACGGGGUACGAUGGUAUUCCACCUAAAAUCAUGAAAAUUGGAGCAGCUCAACUUUCGAGGUCGCUCGCUAUCCUCUUUAACUCAUGUAUCAACAACAGAAAAUGGCCUAGUCAAUGGCAACGAGGUGAAUGGAUUCCGAAUUUUAAAAGAGAUGACGCUCAAGCGAUUAACAAUUACAGACCAAUAACAGUUCUGCCAUGUGUCGAUAAAGUGUUUAAACAGCUGCUAGGAAAACAAAUAUCUGAUAAAUUUGAGAGCCAGCUCGCUGAUUGUCAAUCAGCAUAUCGAAAAUAUCGUAGUUGUGAAACUACCCUUGUUGGUCUUGUUGAAGACUGGAAAAAGUCAAAAGAUGAAGACAUGUCUGUCGGCAUUUUAUCUACUGACAUGUCCAAAGCAUUUGACUCGGUUCAUCGGCCUCUAUUGUUAAGUAAACUCAAGUCUUACGGUUUUAACGACAGCUUCGUUAAUAUGCUAAAUAGUUAUCUGAGCGAUCGCUAUAAUAGAGUCAGGCUGGGAUCUUCUGUAACUAGUGGUUGGAAAAGUGUUGUUCGUGGCUGUCCUCAAGGUUCCUCUUUGGGUCCACUGAUCUGGAACAUCUUCCAGAAUGAUCUUGUAUAUAACAUUGAUGCUAACAUCUCGAUGUAUGCUGACAAUCAUCAGAAGUAUAUCAAAUAUAUCAAACAGGCAAAGGAAUCAGGGUACAGUCCAUACCAAGUUAGAAGAAAGGGGUUUACGGUAUUGCGGUAUUGGGCUUUUUUCAUGCGGUGCCAGUAGUGCAACUGACUGGUACGAAAACAAUUUGCUCUUUCGGAGGGUAAUUUUAGAAAUCUUGAAGAAAUAUCAGACUAUGUUCAUUCAAAAUAAAUAUGGUCAUAAGAAGGAACAGUCUCAGUUGUACAGAACAUAACACCUCAUAACCUGAACCUAAAUGGCAAGAUUAUCAACAGGACAUCUGACCCAGGGGCAGUUGAAAAUUUUGGGAGUCCCUGGGGACAAUAGACAAUUCCAAACGUUAAAUUUCAACGAACACAUCAACGACGUAUGUAACAAAUCAAAACUCGCACUAGUCAAAGGGUUGGGGUUUUUCGCGCUUUCAAUUGUUUUUAUGAGAUUGAGAAACGAAUCUAAUUCCCUACCACCAUCUGGCAAAGAGAUUAGUACUUUUAAAUGUGAUUAAAAUAUGGGGUAUCGGUCAGCUAUCUUUGCCAUUUUUUUUUUUAACAUACUGCCCCCCUCGUUGUACCUUGUUUGGACAUUUUUGAAAAUCUUGUAGGACAAUAAGUUAAAUUUCAACGAACAAUCAACGACGUUACUAGUCAAAGUUGGGGUAAUUAGACUCGAAAGAAUCCAGGAACGAGGACUUAGGGGUGUGUAUAAGGACACUAAGUCCAGUUAUCAUCAGUUAUUGAAUAGGGCUAACUUGCCAACACUGUUGAAUAGACGUCUUCAAGACAUAUGCGUCCUAAUCUACAAGGUGUUCCGAAGCCAUCACCAACAUUUUUAAACCUCGUGAUUCAUGCUACAGUUUAAGAAAUUCAGACUUUCUUUUACCCAGGUUUAACACAGUUUCAUUUGGUAAGCAUUCCGUUCGAUAUUUAGGUCCCAUUUUAUGGAGUAAGCUAGACAAAAAUGAUAAAACGUGUAAAUCAUUAAGUGAUUUUAGAAACCGAAUGCGUAAUAAGGAUCUGACAUCUCUUAUUGCUGAUGGAUGCAAAGGAUGUCUUCUGUGUGAUAGUUGAUGUCUCAUCGGAAAUAAUUUUAGCAUUUUAGUACUCAGCUUAAGUAUUUUAGCUAACAAUUUGUAACAUAUUGUAUGGAUUUUUUUUAUCUACUUAAUUAUUGUAUCUAUUAUAUUUUAACUGUAGGUGUCCCCUAUUAGUAGAGGGCCUUCCCCUCGGCUAGUUUUUCUUUCUUGACACAUAAAUAAAAUUUCUAUCUAUCUAUCUAUCUGGUUGUCGAUUGCAUAGGUGAACAUGAUCGAAAAAGAGAAGAGGGAACAGAACAAAACGUACGAGCUAAGAAACUGGUAAUUUAUCCAAACGCCAGCAUGUCCCGGCUGGAAGAUGACUUGGCGUUGGUGCGCUUGAGGGAGGAUGUUAAACUAUCGCCGUUUGUGAGAACAGCGUGCCUACCGCAUUCAGGUGACGAUUUCUAUAUAAGGACUGGAAAGCUGAGCGUUAUAGCGGGAUGGGGAUCUUCUCAAGAGGUGAGAGGACGUUUGUUUUCAUUUUCUUUCAUUCUUCUUUCUUUCAUUUAUUUAUUUAUUUUUUGCAAUAGGUUAGAAUUUGAGAAAAGAGAAAUCUCCCUUAAAAAUGUUUUCUUAGAAUCCGAGCAUUCGAUAACCCGUCACUAUUUACUUCAAUGGCUUAAUUAAGGGAUUAAAUCAAAACGUGAAAACAUGUAACAUAAGUAAUAUCUUAUUGUUUUGGAUUUAUCAUUUUUCUCGUUUUCAUUGAGUUUGAAACCAUGGAAUGCAACAGUCCUCUUUGGCUAGAUUUUGUUGUCGGUGUUGAUUUAAUUCGGGAGCAAGACGCCUUAUUACGAAAAUGACGCUUGCAAACUUAUUGUACUUUUGGUGAAGUCACAGAGAAUCAUCCCAACCUGUGCGUCCAAUCUUAACUUGGUGAGAAUCCCAGGCGUGUCCAGAAACCCACGGCAGUUGAAAACAGAUUUUACUAUAUGUUUAGGAGUCAACAAAUCAUCUUUUUAAUUAUCUUUAAUUAGGCCCCUUCAGAUGUCGGAGGUGCCCCACUUCAGGUCCUGCAACAGACACAAAUUAAGUUUGCGUCUCUCCGCGACUGCCGCAAAAAUGCGACCAAUCCUGCUGCAAUAACAGAAAGAGUCGUCUGCGCUGGGAACUCUACUGGGGACAGAAAUGCUUGCAAAGGCGAUCGUGGAUCCCCACUCGUGGUAUGAUUUUUAGAGUUAUGUACAUUGUACACUUUGAACAUUUCAAUUGCAAGGACCUUAAUAGGCCAUUUGCACGAUGACGUCAUUUUACUACUACGACCAGAAUCCCUAAUUCCUUUCUUGUGUAAUUUAGGGCUUUUGGUAUUUGAACCUAGCUGAGAUUACCAAAUUUGAAUAUGAAAGGAAAAGCGAAAAAACCUGGGAGUUGUUGUAAAACGGACGCCAUCGUGCAAAUGGCUUCAGUAUUCGGCGAAUGGAAAGUCUGUUUCAUUCUAGCUCUUGCACUAGGGGACCGAAUGAAAGAGUUUUUCAUUGUUUGGAGGAUGAUGUGGAUGGAGGUGUUUAUAAUGAAAUCAUAAAUUUGACAUCAUAAGACGUUUUUGUUACAACAAUGGGUUACAGCUAUUGCCAAGCUAUUGCUAUUGUCGCUGAAUAAACAAUGGUGGUAACCGAUUAUGGACAUCACGAAAAAUAAAUGGGCGGCGGACACUGGAAAUAAAAGAGAAAAUAAACGAUUUUCGUAUCAUUUUCUGGUCCACUUAUAUCGUCUUUGCUUGCUAAGAAAUAAAGAAUUAAAUUUUCCCAGUUUUAAAAACAAUUCAAGACUUUUUUUUGUAGCAGUGGACGUUUUCUUUUAUUCCUGUUGACGAUAAGUGACACCAUCGACAAACAACUUCGAUAACUGUUUAAACACUGUAGCUACAGAACGUUUUCACAUGACGUCAUGGCGGCCAUACAAUGAAACUGAGACUGCCUUCUUACCGUUCCAAACAAAUCCUAUGGGAGUUAAAGUCUUUUCUAACUUAAUAAAACGCUUUCUUUUGUUCCCAUAAGUCUGCAUAGAUGCUGCCCGCGUGAGUGAAAACGCUCUAUUGGAGAAAUCCUUGGGGGAUAGCAAAUCAUAAUGACGUACACUCUUGAUGAUUUCAUGUCUCAACUGUUUGCAGAUAAGACGUUUAGAUAAUCGAGACAGCUGGGCAGUGGUUGGUUUAGCGAGUUGGAAUCAAGGGUGUGCCACCAAAGGAAAAUAUGGCGUCUACACGCGCGUCGAUAAGUAUGUACGAUGGAUCAAAAGGAAAAUCAACAGAAGGAAUAAGAAAGACUAACAAGAGGAUAUCUCACAAUUCCAGAGUCCAACAUAGCAAUAUUAUUUAGCAGUGCAAAAGAACGGACCCCAGUAGUCAUAUUUUAAGAAGAUGGGUUCUGAUCGUUCGGCUGACGUGAGUGUAGUCCUUAAUAGGA